AUGUAUCCAAGAAAAUCAUCAGAUACCAGUAAUAAACAAAAUGCAAAUCGAAAUUCUUUUAUACCAAAGGAACAACGUAUGCCUGAUUUUGAGAAAUUUGUUCGUCGUUAUGAAAUUAAUAAAACUUUUGCUAAUAAAUUACUUCAAUUAGAUGGUUAUGAAAUUGUAUUUGUUUGUGAUGAUUCAGGAUCAAUGAAUACUCCACUUGGUGAUGUUUUUGGUCCUUUUAAUAAUGCACCUACUCGUUGGGAUGAACUUAAACAAACAGUUUCAAUAGUUGUUGAUCUAGCAAGUUCUCUCGAUCCAAAUGGUGUUGAUAUUUAUUUUCUUAAUCGUGAUCCAAUUUUUCAUGUAAGAAAUUCAUCAGAAUUAAUACCGAUUUUUGCUGUACCACCAGAAGCAACUGAUGGAGUACCAACUGAUGAUGAUGGUCAUCCAGAUAUUUUAUCAUGUAAAAAAGUUUUACAAUAUGAACGUAAUCCAACAAAUCGAAUACCUGUAACAAUUAUUGCUUGUACAGAUGAUGAUCAAUCUAUGGAUUAUUUAAAUGAUUGGGAUAAAGAAAUUCCAAAUUUAGAUGUUGUUGAUGAUUAUCGAAAUGAAAAACAACAAAUUUUAAAAUGUCAAGGAAAUGAUUUUCCAUUUAGUUUUGGUGAUUAUAUUGUAAAAAUUCUAAUGGGUGGUAUAGAUCAAUGGUUUGAUGAUUUAGAUGAAAGAAAAGUUUCAUUAGAUGGUUUGGGACGAUCAAAGAAUGAUGGUCAUUUUUGA